AUGAGGCUGCCACGUACUGAUGUGUCUGCAGUCAAUGAUCUGCCACCCGAGACUGUGCAGGCUCUAUCUCGAAUGGCGCGUGAUACCAAAGACGACAAAGACGACAAAGAUCUUGCUCCUCGGCGUAAGAAGACCCCCAAAGGAUCACCGAAGCGUGGUGCGCCUGUGAAUAGUAGCAAGCCCAUCGCCACAAAAUGCGACAAAAGACUUCAAUCACCCAAGACAACUAGCCCUAAAUCAACACCGUCUGAAUCCCCUCUCAAUAAAGCCGACACGCUCAAGGCCAAGAUUGCCACGGAGCACGCGUACUCCAAGAUUCUCACCGAAGAGCGACGAAGUCUAUGGGAUCAAAUGGAGUCUCAUGAGUCUCGCAUUCGAGAGCACCAAAGCAGAAUUUCUGAUGGCGACGAGGAGGAUAACUUGAUCAACAAGAGGCUUCGUGUUUGCGAAAUGCUGGAGAAUAAAAUUGGCGAUAUAUGCAAGCGCCUAUGGACUCUUGGGGGGCAGCUGGAUGAGAGCGCUGCCAAAGCUACAGAGCUAUUGACUGAGCUGGUACAAGCUGAGUGA